AUGCCAACGAAUGGGAUCCACCAGGUGCUGAAGAUCCAGUUCGGGCUGAUCAACUGCGAGAGCCGGUACCUGACGGCGGAGAGCUUCGGCUACAAGGUGAACGCCUCGGCGCCCAGCCUCAAGCGCAAGCAGAUCUGGACGCUGGAGCAGGAUGAAGCCGACAGCUCCAUCGUCUUCCUCAAGAGCCACCUGGGCCGGUACCUGGGCGCCGACAAGGACGGGAAGGUGCACUGCGAGGCGGAGCAGCCUGGCCGGGACGAAGGCUUCAGCAUCAUUACGCAGUCGGACGGGCGCUGGGCGCUGCAGUCGGCCCCGCACCGGCGCUUCUUUGGCGGCCGCGAGGACCGGCUGUCCUGCUUCGCCCCCAGCGUGACCGAGGGGGAGCUCUGGACCGUGCACCUGGCCAUGCACCCCCAGGCCAACCUGCUGAGCGUCAGCCGCCGCCGCUACGCCCACCUGAGCGCCCACGAGGACGAGAUCGCCACCGACAGCAACCUGCCCUGGGGGGUGGACGCGCUCAUCACCCUCUGCUUCCAGGACAAGAAGUACAGCCUGCGCACGGCCGACGAGCGCUACCUGCGCUGCGAUGGCACCCUGGUGCCCGAGCCCGGCGCCGGCACCGGCUACACCCUCGAGUUCAAGGCCGGCAAGUUGGCGUUCAAGGACUGCGACGGGAAGUACCUGGCGCCCACCGGACCCACCGGCACCCUCAAAUCCGGCCGCAGCUCCAAGCCGGGCAAAGAUGAACUCUUUGACCUGGAGGAGAGUCACCCCCAGGUGGUGUUCACGGCGGCCAAUGGUAGAUAUGUCUCCAUCCGGCAGGGUGUGAAUGUCUCGGCAAACCAGGACGAGGAGCUGAACCACGAGACCUUCCAGCUGCAGAUCGACCGUGACACCAACAAGUGCAGCCUCCACACCAAUACCGGCAGCUACUGGACCCUGGUGGCCCACGGGGGCAUCCAGGCCGUGGCCACCGAAAUCGCUGCCAACACCAUGUUUGACAUCGAGUGGCGCGGGCGGCGUGUGGCCCUGCGCGCCAGCAACGGCCGCUACGUCUGCACCAAGAGGAACGGGCAGCUGGCGGCCGUCAGCGACACCGUGGGGGAGGACGAGGAGUUCACUCUGAAGCUGAUCAACCGGCCGAUGCUGGUGCUGCGGGGGGAGCACGGCUUCGUCUGCUACCACCGGGGCUCCAACCUGCUCGACUCCAACCGCUCCGUCUACGACGUCUUCCACAUCAGCUUCAGCGACGGCGCCUACCAGAUCCAAGGCCAGGGGGGCAAGUACUGGUACGUGGCGAGCAGCGGGUCGGUGUGCAGCGACGGGGACCUGUCCGAGGAUUUCUUCUUCGAGUUCCGGGAGCGGGGCCGCAUGGCCAUCAAAGGGAAGAACGGGCGGUACCUGCGCGGGGACCCCGCGGGGACCCUGCGCGCCGACAGCGAGUCCGUGCUGCGGGCCACGCUCUGGGAGUACUGACCCCCAGAGCCCC